AUGUCGCUAGGAAGAUUCGAUGUAGUGGCAUCGAAGUAUCAAAGUUUGGUCAAACAACGACUUAGUGGACUUAAUCACUGGAUUCAACCCCAACCAUCGAAAUUUGAUAAUGUCGUGAUUGCAAUGUCGUCAGGUGUGGAUUCUUCAAUGUCAGCAGCAUUAUUUAGUAAAUAUCCGAAUGCUACUGGGAUAUAUAUGAGAAAUUGGACUAAUGCCAAUGAUUCGGAUGAAGAUGUGAAACAUUGCGAUGAACAAGAUUGGAAAGACGCAAUGAAAGUAGCCAAAUAUUUAAACAUUCCAUUGAAUUUAGUGAAUUUCGAACAAGAGUAUUGGGUUGAUGUAUUUGAACCAAUGCUUAAAGGUUACCAGUUGGGUUCUACUCCAAACCCUGAUAUUUUAUGUAACAAAUUUGUCAAAUUUGGAAAACUGAAUUCUUAUUUGGAUAAGAAGUAUGGCCUGAAUAAUUAUUGGCUUGUAAUGGGCCAUUAUUCAAGAGUGUUGAAUCAAGAUAAUGGAGAUUCUUCAAAGAAGAAAUACGGCCUGUUUAAAGGUAUUGAUACUCAUAAGGAUCAAAGUUAUUAUUUAUCUCAAGUGAAUAGCAAAGUAUGGCCAAAUACAAUAUUACCCAUGGGCCAUUUGUUUAAGAAGGAAGUGCGUGAAAUGGCAUCGGAAUUAGAACUUCCUAGCGCAGAGAAACCAGAUUCUCAAGGGAUCUGUUUUGUAAAUAAUUCUCAAACUGGGAAAUUCAAAAACUUUCUUAAAGAAUAUAUACCUACCGAUUCUGGUAAUAUUAUUACUUUAGAAAAUGUUGAUAAUAAAAAUAUAAAACGUAAAUGGGGUAAACAUGAUGGUUUAUGGUCUUAUACCAUUGGUCAAAAGAUUGGAAUUUCUAUGCCUCAGGCAGACCCUCAAUAUAAAGGUACAUGGUUUGUUAGUGAAAAGAUUCCAGACACAAAUGAGAUUGUAAUCGUCAGGGGACGGGAUAAUGCCCAAUUAUUUCAUAAUUGUCUGAAUGUAGGUAACUUUGAGAUUAUUGAUGACUCUAUAUCUGUUACUAAUUUUGAAGAAACUAUAGAAAAUGGAAUUACAGAUGGAACAUUAUAUAUGCAAUACAGAUCAUUGCAAAACCCUAUAAAAGUGAAAUCUUGUCAAACGGUACCUGCUAUAUCUACAGACACAGACCUUACAAUAGAGACAAAAUCUCCUAGAUUACAAUUAAAACUAGAACUUUAUGAAUCACAUAGAGCAAUGGCUGCGGGACAAUAUUGCUGUCUUUACAACGGUGACCAAGUCAUCGGUAGUGGACCAAUUCUAAAUACUCGUAACGAGGUACUAAAGACAUAA